GCGGGAAGGGGCAGCAGCAAAAGAAUAAACGCUAUGAGAUGAGGAACCGAGAAGAACCUGCAGCCCCCAUGCCACGUGAGCAACGCCGGCCGAUCUCCAAGCCAGGUUCUAUUUAUUCCAGAAGUUUACCUGUUGCACCAUACUGGCAUCUUGGCCUUACAAAUUAACAGAACAGCUCUUCAGACACUUCUGGUACACUUAUCAACUCUAAAAGACACACUGAAGCGGCCUUUCAUAAUGGAAAAACGUUGGGUUUUAUGGUCGUGUGCAGAAAGAUGGCUGUUGGCAUUAGCAUCAUGGUCAUGGGGCCUGUGUCGAAUUUGCCUCUUACCUUUAAUAUUAACUUUUAACAUGUAUGGUGGAGUGAUUUUGCUUCUGUUGAUCUUUGUUUCCAUAGCUGGAAUCCUGUUUAAAUUUCAGGAUGUGCUACUGUAUUUUCCUGAUCAACCUUCCUCAUCAAGACUUUAUAUUCCAAUGCCAACUGGAAUACCACAUGAAAAUAUAUUUAUUAAAACAAAAGACAAUAUUCGUCUCAAUCUCAUCUUGCUGAGAUACACUGGAGAUAACUCAAACUUCUCCCCAACUAUUGUUUAUUUUCAUGGUAAUGCAGGAAAUAUUGGACAUAGGUUGCCAAAUGCCCUGCUGAUGCUGGUAAACCUGAAAGUGAACUUACUUUUGGUUGAUUAUAGAGGGUAUGGAAAAAGUGAUGGCGAGCCUAGUGAAGAAGGCCUUUACCUGGACUCAGAAGCUGUUCUAGAUUACAUUAUGACUAGGCCAGACAUUGAUAAAACAAAGAUAAUACUGUUUGGGCGUUCUUUAGGGGGAGCAGUGGCUGUCCACCUAGCUUCUGAGAAUGCACACAGGAUUUGUGCUCUUGUGUUAGAGAAUACCUUUCUUAGCAUCCCUCAUAUGGCAAGCACCUUGUUUUCAGUCCUUCCAAUGAGAUACCUUCCAUUAUGGUGCUACAAAAAUAAGUUCUUGUCUUACAGAAAAAUCCUCCAGUGUCGAAUGCCUUUGUUGUUUAUCUCUGGGCUUUCAGACCAAUUGAUUCCUCCAUUUAUGAUGAAGCAACUCUAUGAACUAUCCCCUUCCCGGACUAAAAGACUGGCGAUAUUUCCAGAUGGUACACAUAAUGAUACGUGGCAGUGCCAAGGCUACUUUACAGCACUUGAACAGUUUAUUAAGGAGCUGUCCAGCAAUCACUGUCCUGAAGCCAAUACAAAGACUUCGAAUGUCACUAUAAUAUAGAUAGUGGUUUCUCUUGCACUACAGUAUAUAUUGUUUGUGAGGCGCGGCAACAGAAUGUCAUUUGUACUGUUCUGAACGAAAAUUAAAGUUCUCGCUCAGAAAACUAAAAAUAAAAACUUUAACUGUAUAUGUAAAAUGAUUCAGAACUUCUCCUUCAGUGCUGACUUUUCCACGUAAACAGAUGCCCAAGAGCUGUCUUCAGAUGCCUUUCACUUUAAGAAAGAGAACUGCUUGUACAUUGUUUAAAAGCCCAGAAAAUGUCCUAAAACAAAUUGAUAUAUGUUCAUAGGACUGCUGUACCAGCCCCAAGAUACCGUGUUGUAAAAAAAAUGUGGAUGAUCCAGAAUAUAUCCAGAGCAUGAUAAUUUAAAUCUGUAGCUUCCCUUUGGGUCUCCCUCCCCACCCCAAGUGAUUUUGUGACCCCUAACGCUUCAUUCAGACCUUACUAUACACUCAUACUUGAUUGGUGCAUGUCUGAUGAUAUCACAGGAGGGGGCAGCUAGUAUCCUUAUUAAUAGAUGAAGCACACAGAAAUUGGUUAUUUUACUUACAGGCUGAUACAGCAUGUCUUUGACCAUUUUCCUUUCUAUACAGCUUGCAAUAAUGUAGUUUUUGUCUCCAAAUAUCUUCUAAAAGCCAACCCAAAACAUUUACCUUGUGCAUAGGCAAUAUUAGCUUUUCACCCAUAAUGCUGUCCAUUUGGUUUCAUCUGACUAUAUGAGCAUAGAAGGGUUGCUCACCUUUUGAGCAACACUUUUAUAAAUACAAUUACUCUGCAAAAAUUGAUCAUUUAAAUGUUUAUUACUAGUUAAUAUUGCCUCUUACCAGAUAGACAAUCCUGGUCUUCCUGUCUGUAGAAGGGGGUUGCUAACCCCGUCUAUUAUUCCAUGACUGCAGAUAUCAGGAGCAGGUAGAAACUUCCACAAUAACAGCUGCAGCUUUAAGCACUAUUGCACAUAUCUGCACCCAUGUGCCACUCAUUUACAUGUAGGGUUGCCACGCGGUAGCUGCCGGUAAAUUUGUAAUACCCUUCAAAAAGACCCCUCGAUCGCCUGUAACUUAGCUUUUGUCCUCCGUCUUCGGGUCUGCGCGUUGUGGCCCCGCUCCUUUUACAUCACCGCUCCGCCCUUUAUGACAUCACACCCCAUCCUUUUUGUUCCAGCCCCCCACCAGUCGUUAAGAAAUAUAGGAAAAGGUGGCAACCCUAUUUACUUGGCAUGCUCAGCAGCACUUAGAGCCGUAGCUGCCAUUGCUGAAAUUGUGUUCCUAAUCUCCCUUUGCUGCUGAUCUCUGGAUAGAAUAGAAAUGAUCAGUUUUUGCAACAUAAAUAUAUUUGAGAGAGUUUUUUUUCUUUUCUUUUUUUGCAGAGCCCUACAACUUUAGUAGAUAAGCAACCCCUAAAUAUCUGCGGGCAAGUAAGGGCUACAGCAGAUAGCAUGUUUUGAAUGACCGUAAAAAUGCCUGUUAAUAUUUGCUGAUUGCUCUGUAUUAGGGGUUGCUGCCUUUUUUGGAGUGAAUACUGGCCUUCCUCUAUCUUCUCUUUUAAUAACAUUGGCAUGAGGUAUCAUUUUUAACAGCUAGGCUGGCAACAUACUGGCCAGGUUGCAAAAUUUCUUGACUGGGAGUGUUGUGUCAUAUGUCCUACAUGGAUGAUUAUCUUGUGCAUGGUUUCCAGUGAUCAAUCAUACAAAAUAAUAGAGAUGCGCUGAAUCUAGGAUUUGGUUAGGGAUUUGGCCUUUUUCAGCAGGAUUCGGCCGAAUCCAAGUGCCUGUCUGAACCAAAUCAGAAUCCAAAAAAUCCUGUGGCUUUUUGUCACACAAACAAGAACAAAGGAUUUGACCGAAUCCUAAAAUAGUGGAUUUGGUGCAUCCCUACAAAACAGCCAGCACUGCUUUCCAUUAGUAUGUGAUCUGUGCCUGAAUGCGAGCAUUGCAAUCACCAUGCAACUAACAUACAAUUCCCCUACCAAAUAUUCUCUAGUUUUUUCCUACAUGAAUGUUAACUUGCCACAUAAUGUGAAUUUGAUGAAAAGUACCUGAAUAUGUAACAGCAUUUGCAGAUAUUCACAGGCCCUGUAGUUCUUGUUUCCCAUUUUAUACAUGAGAUACUGAAUAUAGGAAAUGCAGAUGCAUAUGGCAGGGAUCCUAUAUUUCUUUAAAUGUAUUUUGACGUAAGAGUAAAGCACAUAAAAGCAUUUGCUGUAAAUAUUAUUGAAGGGGCCCAUAAUUGUUGCUGCAUUAAAAAAAUUAGAUUUCGUGUUGUCUGCUUUUUUUUUUAUUUGUUGUAGCCAAAUGUUUGAAUAAUGGAUUUGAAGCAAUAGUUACUUUAUAGAUAUGGUUUUUUCAUAUUCUAGCUGGAUAUAGUUAAGGUGGACUGUGUUGGUUAUUCUGAAUCUUGUAAUAAAGUCUUGAGAGUUCUGGUUAAAACACAAUACUUUUUCUUUAGCAGUAAUGGGAAGAGGCCAUGGUUAAAAAAUCAUUUUCCUGCAGCAAACACUUUUAGGUGCUGCAGCUGAGUAAAACCGAAAUAAACCGCUGUAUAUUGCAUUGCAUGUGUUUAUAUUUGCAUUUUCUUUGUCCAACACAAUACUUAAAGGUGGUAUGCAUUCUUUUCUAUGAUUUAUUUUCCAAACUGAUUUAAUUAUAACAAAACAUAGAAGUAUUAUGGUUGAUAGUAUCUUGGACUCACAACCAAAUGCAAGGGCUUGUUCAUAACUGCAAGAAUCACUUUGUAUAACAAGUGUUUUAUCCACAUGAAGCUGUAAAUAUAUAGAAUAAAUUAUUCAUGAUUUUGAA